UGGUUCAAACGGAAUAAAGUAUGGUUUAAAACCCUUCGUAUAAAGAUACUAGUACAAGAGCGGAAGGCGGCAAAUCGAAAGGAGGAUCUGGAAAAGUAUUUUAAUAAGUAUUAUAGGGCGUUAGAGAAGUUUGGGAUCUGCUUUGAGGACGUAUGGAAUAUAGACGAAACUGGCUUUCGUAUCGGCGUUUUAAACGGAAAGAUCAUUAUUAUAUAUCUUAAUACGAAAGCUGUCUACUUGGCAGAUCCCGAUAAUCAAGAAUCACUUACUAUAAUCGAAACUGUAUUUGCUGGGGGCAAAGCAAUUAUACUAUUCCUGAUUUUAAAGGGGGAGAUCCUAUUAAAGAAUACUUUAAUAAUAACCUUGAUACCGAAUCAGUCUUUACUAUAA